AUGCUUUCAUGGCUGACAGAAAUAGUUGGCGGUUGCAUUGGCACUGGCACUGGAAAGGGACUGGAGAGCAAUAGACAAUCAAACAUCAAUGGAUACUUGGAUUAUACCACCACUACAUACGCUGGAAGACGCACACCAUCCAUCAGACAGGUAUUUACACAUCAAAGCAAUGAGUACUCUUCUGUUCCUCCUGUUGGUUUAGAUACAACAAUCGAUGAUUUGGAUAUACUCGCUGCAUUCCCACUUUCAUCACAGGACAGAUUGCAUCACCAAUUUGGUGCUGACAAUGAGUCCUAUAUCAACGAUUGUAAAGAGCAAGGCAACAGGCUAUACGCAGACAAAUUACUUUUUCAAGCAAUUGUUGAAUACUCCAAGGGAUUGGCUUGCUUUGUCAAUCCUCAGACUACUUUGGAGUCUUCCAAGCGCAUUUCAAAGAAAUGGUCAUUGAAUGCCAAGGCUUCCUUGUCCGACCUUCGCAAUAUCGUUACUAGAAAAAAGAGUAGUGUCAGUUUAAACGACUGUGCUAGAAAACCCAGCGGAAGCAACGUUGGAGAGAUUAACCCUGAUGAGCGUGUAGAAUCUGGUUCUGAAAGUACUGCUCCUGCAGCUCGUUCUUUGCCUGAUAUCGACAAUGCAAGUCCAGAAGAUAUUGCUCGGCGCAUCAAUCUCAUGACCAUACUACUAUCCAAUCGGUCUGCUGCUCUAAGCACUACCAACUCGUUCGAAGAUGCUUUAUUGGAUGCCAUGACUGUAAUCAAGUGGCGGCCUGAUUGGGUCAAGGGUUAUUUCAGAAAGGCCGAGGCAUUAUCUGGACUGCAGCUAUUCACAGAAGCGCUCGAGGCCUAUUAUGCUGCAUCUGCACUGGAUCCGGAAAGCAAAACUAUUAAUCAAAAAAUACUGAAAAUGCAAGUCCAAGUUGGAGAUCUUGCCAACGGUCUAGUCAUUCAUCAGCUUUUUCCCGGUAGAGAGAUUUGCAAAAAGUCAAUGAUGAAUCCUAUUCAAAGUCUUGUGUUUGAUUUUGCCACAAAAAUGCGCAAUUUCAUCUAUUUAAUUGUAAAUGCAGAUACAAAAGAGUGUCUGGUUGUCGACAUUUGCUGGGAUGUUGAUGGAGUUAUGAGCUACGCCAAGUCGAAAGGGCUUACGAUUGUUGGUGCUAUUGUAACACAUUAUCACAUUGACCAUGUUGGCGGUAUUCCACCACCACCCUAUGAUAGCUACGGUGUCUUGGUUGACGGCUUGGCAAAACUGCUCAAAAAAUUACCACAUGUCAAGGCGUAUGCUCAUGAGCUCGAUAUUGAUGCAAUCAUCAAGGGAAAUCCUGAACUUUCUCGGAGUAGAUUUCACCCCACGACAGAUGGUACCGCUCUAUUGUUGCCACUUUCUGCCAACACAUCUCCGAGUCUGCUAGUUCGGACAUCUCAAAACUCUCUUGCGACAACCAUUGGAACGCAUCUUACUGAGAUUAAAUUUAUGCACACUCCUGGACAUACCCCUGGAUCUCAGUGUAUUCUUGUCAAUCGCAAUCGACUGCUUUCUGGAGAUACGCUGUUUAUUGGCAGCUGUGGUCGCGUUGAUUCUCCAGAUUCGUGCAAAAUGGACAUGUACAACAGCUUACAGGUUUGUCUGGCCGCACUUUCAGAUGAUGUUGCUGUGUUUCCUGGACAUGACUAUGGCGGUGAGAUUACUUCUAUUGGAAUAGAGCGGACUCGAGGGUUUUUGCGUCCAGUCGAUAAGCAAACUUUUACCAAACAAUUUUAGAGGAUUGGUUUUUGCAACACAUUGAGAAAAUAGGUAUUGGAGUUUUACGGUUUGAAAGUAUUGUCAAAUAAAAAUUGAUUUAUUUUGAGUC